ACGUGCAUCACCGUAAUUGCGCUGUAAAGAAAGGGAACAUGGAGGUCCUUCGCAGUGCGAUCCUCAGUGAAAUACAGGCGCUUGUCCAUGUCUUCCGGCAAGACUACGUCAAGCUCAAGUCGACGCAGCUCCAGGGCCUCGCGUCCCUGCGUGUGCAUGUGUACCAGUGGACAGACCUGGCGGACUUUGAGUCGCAGACCGUGCUGCGCCCAUUCCUCGACAUCGUGCGCAACGAAAACACCACGGGGCCGCUUACGCGCACCGCGAUGGAGUCGGUGUGCACCAUCUUGCAAGCGUACGAGUCUUCCACAACAUCGACCAGCGGUCUUUCCAUGCAGUAUGCGCUGUCGGACGUCGUGGAUGCCGUGACCCAAUGCCGGUUCCAAGAAACCGACCCCGAGUCGGACCAGUAUGUGCUGCUCAUGGUCGUGCGCGUGCUCGACAUGGUCAUGCAAUGCCGCGACGCCACCCGCCAGCUCCACGCCGGCACCAUGUGGCACGUCGUCGAGUCGCUUUACGGCAUCUCCCGCUCCUACGAAACCCAAAUUCCGAGUGUCUUGCGAUCCCUCGCCACCGAGAGCUUGCACCGCCUCAUGCGCAUCGUGUUUACCCCCACGUCGUCGCCGUCAUCCCCCGCGACCUCCACCGCCGCCUCGCUCGACACGCGCAUCCUUGCGUUCCUCGUGCAAAAGGUGCAGCUCCACGCCCCCCCUUCUCCAUCGACUACUACAUCAUCCUCCUCUCCUGCACCUACGCCAUCCACCACGGAGCGUGAAAUCCUCGUAGCGUUGGAGCUACUAUCGACCAUUUUGCAUGUCGCCGGCGGUAGCCUCGCCCCUCCUCUCUUGAUGUACAUCCAAGACGACCUGUGCCAUGCGCUGCUGCACAUUUGCCGCUCUGUUUCAACUACCUCUACCUCGACUACUACUACUACCUCCUCAACUACCAUCGACAACAAUAUCUACCAAGUCACGAGUAGUCUAUCCGUGGGCAUGGCGACGCUGCCCCUGUGGCGCCUCCUUUGGGUACACCUAGGUCCGCAUCUCAAGUGGCAGUGGGAGGCGCUGGUCCUCGGCGGCAUCGUACCCGUGCUCACGACUUGCCUCAAUGAUCAAGAUGAACAUCAUGACGAUCGGCAUAUGAGGAUGACGUGGAAGGUCGAGAUGGCGCAGCUCAUGGUGGACUUUCUCAGGGACCCAUUGUUCGUGAUCGAUGGGUUUGUUACGUACGACUGCGCGCCCAAUCCCCGCGCCAACGUCGUCGCCGCCGCCCUGGACGCGCUCUUCUUCGAGGCUAUUGAGAUCAGUGGCGAUGAUGAACACUCUGAAACGACCGAGCUCGCGUGCCUUGGGGUGCUCAAUGCGCUGCAGAUGCUCUACCGCCGCGCCCAAUUACAUCAACAGCAUCUGUCUUGUGGGGACGAGAGGUUGCCGUCGCCUGAGACACUGUUGGCACAACGACAGCGCAAACAAUUGUUUCAAGAUGCAAUUACCACGUUCAACACCAAACCAUCGGCGGGCAUCGACUUGCUCGCGUCCUCUGGGUUCUUACCCACCCCCGUGACCCCCCACGCUCUUGCGACGUUCUUGCGGGCGCUGCCCCGGGGUAUGGACAAGAAUACGGUGGGCCAAGUGCUGGGAUCUCUAGGCAAGCUACCACAACCCGAGUCUUCUCCCCGGUCAAAGACACCCGUCACCAACAACCAAUCAAAACCCCGCCAUGACUCGAUCGAAUUCCGAGCUCAGCUGCGCCAGGCGUACGUCGAAACGUUUGAACUGCACCAGAUGCCCCUUGUGGACGCCCUCCGCACGUUUUUAGGCGCGUUUCGACUGCCGGGAGAGGCCCAGCAGAUCGACCGCAUCUUGGAAGCAUUUGCCACGCAUGUGUAUGCGCAGUGCCGGGAGCGCGACUUGUUUGGGUGUGUGGACGUGGCAUAUUUGUUGAGCUUUUCCAUGAUCAUGCUCAACACGGACCUGCAUAACGCCAACAUCCGGGCGGAUAAAAAGAUGUCGUGCGCCGAUUUUGUCAAGAAUAACGUCAACUAUGGCCUUAGUAACCAGGGGACGCCGCUGCCCGAGCCAUUUCUCAUCUCCAUCUACCACAACAUUGCAACCAACCAAUUCCGCACGUCAGACACUGACCCGUUUGGUCCCGACAGAUGGAAUGACCUGCAGAGAUUGGCCAAUGUUGAAGACAAGGCAAACUGGAUGACAAGUGUGGCCCGCCAACAUCAUCAGUACGACCCCCUUGUGCUCCAAGUGGUCGCCCUUCGGCUCUUGGACACUGCCCCAACGCUCAUUCAUUCGUCGAAUCGCCGCGUGGGUGACUUGGCGAUGCAGUUGGUGGUACUCACGGGGCUCGUGUCCGCUUCGCUGCGCAGCGCCGCGCUAGUCGACCGCGUCGUCCAAGUGCUGGCAACUGCCUCCACCCUCCUAGAUACCAUCGACACUCAGGAGACGCUCCAAGGCGCCACCUAUACAUUUUUGAACGACGCCGUGGCGUGUGCAGCGACCGAGGGCCUGCUCGAAGUAUGGGCGCAGUGCGCGUUUGAGUUCCGCAACGCCGCGUGGAGCCGCUUCAAUGCGGUGGUGUGUCGGCUGAGAGAGUUUCACGUCGUUCCCCGCAGUCUGCUGCGCCAUCGCCCAACGUAUCGCAGUGCAGAUGAAACCAAGGCAUUUGUGUUGACGGUGCGGUCGCUGGCCCGUGCAAAGCGGCACAGUUCUAAAAAGUCUGGCGGCGGAGGCGGGUACUUGGACAGUUUCAUGUCGCGCUUGUUCUUCUUCUCCGACGAACCCCUCGACCAACAUGCGGCGUCCGUUGCCGACAACUUUGAGCUCCGUGUGGAUGACCUCCUAUUGGAUGAAGACGAUGACGUGGCAUCUGCCCAAGUCAACAAUACCACCACCACCUCAUCACUGAACCGGGAUGGGUUAUUACCGUUGUGGGCGGCAAAGCGUCUGGCGCUGUACUACGAGCACAUGCAUCCGCUAUCCGACGCAUCGCUGGUUUCAUUUUGCCAUGCCGCGUGGACCGAGAUCGAACGCGUGGUGCUCCCGCCAGCCAAGUCCAAAGCCUGCACGGUGCCCAAGCUCAGUCCCGGCGGCGCCGUCUUCCUGGAGCAGCUGGUUCUGCAAGUACUAGGAAAGGCGUCGCCUUCGUCGCUUGAGAUGGCGGCGGACCGCCUCUGGAGCCACGCGGACGUCGUGCUGUCGUGCGCCGACCCUUUCAUAAGGGGAAACCUCCAGGUGCAGGACAUGGCGUUCGAGAAUGCAGUGUUCCUUGUGGAUACCCUGGUCACGGGACUCACGACGUUGGGCGAGUCGAAGCGGUUGGGCUUGUUGCUGCAGCUACAUCACCAUGUGCUCAUCGGUCCCGUGACCCACGCCGUGCUCAGGGGACUGGUCAACAUGCCCCCACACGUGGAGCAUGUGCACUGGGUGCAGCUCCUUGCACCUGUCCAACAACCGGCGUGGAUUCCGGAGGUGAUGGAACUGCUUGACAAGUGGAUGCGUACAUUGUUAUUGGUGGACGUUGCUGACCAACUGGACGUGACAGCGUUGAUCAACGUGGUAUUUACAUGGGGCGUCUUCCCCGUGCAAGCGGAAGCGGCGGCCGCCGCCCAAGCGCUCAAGUACGCCGUCCAGCUGUUUCACCACCAGUCGACCACGCCCUUGGUCGCCCUUUGGAUCGUGGGGGGGGUGCUGGCACUGCGAUGCCAUCCCACCGCCGCCGUCCGAGCCAACAGCACGCUCGCACUGGCGCAAUGUCUGCUGGAAGCCCCUUUGUCCUCCUCGUCAUCGUCGAGCGGUACAUGCCACCGACUGGACCCCGAGACGUGGAGCCUCGUGCUUCGCUUUGGAUGUCAAAGCGAACGAGGGGUGGACGUGCCGACGUUAUUUGUUCCACCCGCGCAUGACGAACAUGCUGACGACUCGAGCAUCAUGAAGACUACGACGUCGGAUGACGAGUCGAAGGAAUGGACGGCGCUGAGUGAGGGGAUUCGCUUGCGGACCAACGACUCGACUCGUACUUCUAGUACUACUACUACUAGUAGUACUAGUAGUGGGGCAACGGCAACGACUGCAGAGUUUGGGCGCAUGCAAGUUCUCGUCCAAGUGUUUUUGCACCACUUGGACGACCUUGCCACUCUUUCCGACUUUGAACUGGUGUGGACCGAGUUGCUGCAAGCGCUGACGUGGCACAUGAGUGUGCAUUAUGAAGUGGCUUUGGAGUUGCUGCGAAACGUUGUGCAAGUGGUCAGCGUGUCCUGCGACCAGCCGUGGAUUCAAUCGACAGUGCAAGCGAUCACAGCGCAAUACCCUGACGUAGCCCUCCUUCCACCAUACCACUCUCAACCGCCACCGCCAAGUAGUGAAUAAUAGACCAAGCUCGUAUCGCUCCAUGUCGUUAACUCACGCAUAAAAAGUCCUCGUGAGAUUUAUGAUCUGUAAA